AUGGCCUCCUCCAACAGUCCCGGAGCCGCUGUUGUCAUUCCUUUUGAGCCCACGAGCAAAGACGUUGUGCUUUCAUCGUCUGAACCCGAAAACCACCAUCUCGGGAAUGUCUUCUUUCACCAUCUGCUCCAGAGCUUGCGCAAUAUGCCGAACUUACAGAGCACGGCUUCUCGCGUAGUCGACGCAGUCUGCGACGAACGUCAAGGGAGGUUCCUGAAUGUUCUUCCCAAUACGACAGAACAAGAAGUUCGUCUUUGUACCGUGCUGACCCGCGAUGAGGCCACUGCUCGCGUAUACCAGGCCCUACAACAAUCACAGAUUGUGUCGGGUCGCACACCGCCUACGAAAAGGGCUCGUGUACAACGUAAGGGUGAAGCGACCAAUCUUCCUGUCUCUCCUACUAGUACUACUACAAAAAGAGGUCCCGACGAAAUUUCUCUAAAAGUUCGUUGCAGGUUUAGACGGAACGUCUACCGCAUUGUCAAUGGGAACAAUCCGGCGAGUAGGAUUCACCCAUAUGCGAUUGAACUUCUGGAAGCCGUCUGCAACCAGGCUUUUAGUAAUGUCAUACAACAUGCAUUUCAACAAGUGGGUUUGCGCUACACGAAUGGCGGGGAAGAGGAGCCUGAAGAACACAGAAUAAUGCGUCUUCAAAUGCGACAGCGGUUUGUAGCAGCAUUGGAGGCCAAUAUUCCAACGUUAGACUUUGCCAAAACUUUGGUGAGAUCGUGGGAUGGGGAGUUGAUUUGCCGACCUGAAGCCGAGACUAUCCCAAGCAAGGCUUUGGAUGUGGAAACGGAUGUCCAAACCGUGACUUCCGAAAAUCCACCAACAUUCAGCAAGUCGGAAUCUUGCAAUGAUCUAUUGCAAGCGAGGGAAGAGGAAGUGACAAAAACCUCGACCUCGUCAAGAGCAUCUAAAAUAAAGGCUCCCAAGAAUGUUUCGUCCAUCUCGAUGGAAAAUCCUACUAUUGCUGCGAAUCAAGUUGGGACCUUACAGAACUCAGUCUCGCAACAUCCACAGCAACAUGCGACCAAGUCGGCCAAGAGUUUGCCCAUUCCCAGGAACGCCUCCAGUGCGCAAUGCCUUAUAUCUCCCCUUACGGAUGGCCCCUUAAAGCUGUCGCCGCUCACGUCGCGCACAAAACCAGCUGCCUCCUCUUUCCUUUCCUCUCUGGUCACUUCGCCUAUUCGCAAGAGUUCCAGCACCCCUUCCAAAAUGAUGUUCAAGAGGGAAUCAUUCGACGAUUUAGAUGAAAAUGAUGUUAUGCAAGGUCUCGACUUUUUGGACGACACGCAUCACGACUUGGGCGAUGGAUUCCUGUUGCACGAUGCACUUGCCGCAGACUUGGGAUCGCCGGAGCCUUUACAUUUUGAAGGAAACCACGUAGGCUCGACCACACCACCAUUACCGAUCUCGCCCCUGGCAACACUAGACCCGAAUACGACGGAGGAACGAACCGGAAAGUGGACCAUUGUUGAGAAAAGGGCAUUUUUGCGAGGCCUGGAACGGUAUGGAGCCGGGCGUUGGAAGCAAAUCUGCGAUAUGAUCCCUACUCGCUCGUACGGACAAGUAAAAAGUAUGGGUCGCUUCGUUGUGAAACGCUACAACCUUUCCAAGAAUGAGCGGCCGACGGGACCCGUCGUUCAUUUCCUGCAAAAACCUUAG